AUGGCUUCGACAGCUCGAGCCAUAGACGAAAGCAAUCACGAUGAUAACGCCCAGGUUAUUGCCUCCAGCGCAUUGCGUAAAGUUGAUAUGCGACUCAUUCCUCUAUUGUUUAUUACAUAUAUGUUCAAUUUCAUGGAUAAAACUAUUUUAUCUAGCGCGUCCGUCUUCGGCCUCAUUGACGACACACACCUCAUCGGACAGCAAUACAGCUGGGUAUCCAGCAUCUUCUACUUCGGUUAUUUCUUUUGGGAAGUCCCUACAAACUAUCUCAUCCCCCGACUCCCUGUCGCAAAAUACCUGGCAGCCAACACCCUCUUCUGGGGCGCUGUCGUCGCCCUAACCGCAGCUUGCGUCAACUACGGCGGCCUGCUCGCAAUCCCCUUCCGAACCGGCAUCUGGUUCUCAGGAAACUCCAUCGGCGGUCUCGUCGCUAGCCUCCUAGCGUAUGGUAUAGGACACAUCGAGCACCCUCUCCGACCAUGGAUGUGGAUGUUCAUCAUCCUGGGCAUUGCCACCUUUUUAUGGGGAUUCGUACUACUCGCCUUCCUACCAGAUAGCAUAUCAAAAGCCACGUUCCUAACGCCCCAAGAACGAGAAUUCAUGGCCCAUCGCGCGGUAAUUGCCGGAACUGGACGCACCGAGAAAACAAACUGGAAAUGGGAGCAGGCAUUCGAGUGUAUCCAGGAUCCAAAAACCUGGCAUCUCUUCGCCAUCGCUAUUCUAACACAGAUUCCGAACGGGGGUACGCAAAACUUUGGAAACCUUGUCAUUAAAUCCUUCGGGUUUUCGUCGCUUGAAUCCACACUCAUUAAUAUCCCCUCUAGUGUGGUCAGCGCUUCCACGAUCACUAUUACAGGCUGGAUUGCGGGUCGCUAUAGAAAGAUGAACUGCAUCUUAAUCGUCUGCAUUGUUGCUUUAUCAAUCAUAGGAAGUGCGUUGAUUUACGCCCGCGCUCAUCAUGUCCCUCUAGGUGCUCAGCUGUUCGGAUACUUCCUCCUCGCGACGGGACCGGGUGCCUUGCCCCUAGCUAUGUCUCUCGUCCAGGCGAACUACCGGGGCGUCACGAAGAAGAUGACAAUGACUGCCAUGAUGUUCGUGGCAUACUGUGCGGGGAAUAUCGCAGGCCCGCAGUUGUUUAGAGCGAGCGAGGCGCCAACGUAUCAGACUUCGUUUAAAGCUAUUCUGAUCUGCUAUAUCAUUUCUGGUGGCUUGGCUAUCUCGUUGAGGGUUUAUUUGCAGCUUACUAACAAGAGAAGGGACCACGAGGAGGGCGUUCAGGGCAAUGCGAGUCUGUCGGGGGCUGUUGGGGGCAAGGUGGUCCAGGACCGGCGACGAGGUGACAAUGAUGUUUCGGAGUUGGUGAGGUCGGUCGAUUUGCGGCCAGAAGAUUAUGAGGAUGUGACUGAUUGGAAGACGGUGGGGUUUCGUUAUCGUCUGUAG